CCAUAUAAAACAAGUGAGAGUGCUACUGGCUGCUAGCAGUUCGUCGCUUCCCGCGACAUCUUCCAUCUAUCUCUAACUUUUUAUUCUUCCUUUCAAGAACAACGUCUAUACCAACACGGCGACAGCGUACGGACACCCGCAGCAGAAGAUGACGACUCGUCUUCUGCUACUUUUUACUUUGUUGCGCCUGGGAACAACGCUUCCCGACUUGGACGACAACAUGGUACCCACCGACGAGGAGAUUCUUCGAGCUCUUCUAAAGCAGGAGAAAUCCCGCCCAGAGAUGCAGGGUCAGCCAGAGGUGGAGGACUUUCUGGGGCUACCUACAGACGAGGAAAGCUACAAUGAACUGAAGGCUCUCUUCACUCUGGGACGCCCCAGCGCCAGUGGCACUCAUUAUCUCAUCCCCGACACAUUCCCGGAGGUGGAUGCCCGCGGCUUCCACGAAUCAGUGUUCGACGGUUUCGAUGAUUACUACCCUCAGUCACGGCGUCUAAAGCGCGAUCCACUUGGUAUCAACUCUCGAGGAUUCCACGAUGACGUGUUCAAUCGAGAUUUCGGGUCCUUUCACACAGUGAAAAGAUCCAGCACACAAAACACUGCUCCUCUGAUUACUGACACAACCUUACCUAAGUACAUCAGGCGACUUGUCCCAGUACAACGCAAAAAGAGGAAAGCAGAAGAUCUGAUAGAAGGACGCAAACCGCCAGGAGCCAAACAACCCUCUACCGACACACGCAAGGAACAACGUGAAUCGGGUUCCCACAAAUGCCGUCGAGACACCUUCCGUGCCGAUAAUGGUGACGCCGUAGGCAAGAGACGGCCCGAAAUGGACAGCAGUGGCUUCCAUGGUGAUACAUUCCGCGGAGGAUUCGGCGACUUCUGGACUAUGAGGAAGAAGAAUCUUCUGACGGAAGAUUCGGUGAAUUCUUCAGUACAAUAUGAUUUCGAUAAUGGCUGGACAACGCAGAAAAGAAGACUUGGUAUUGGGCCAUCAGGAUUUCAUGCCGAUACUUUCACUAGUGGUUUUGGAGAUUUCUCAACAAUGAAAAAACGUGAAACUGGAAGUAAUUCAGAUAAUAAAUUGUUCAUAUCAGAAGCCGAAAAACGGAAGCCGGAAAUGGGUUCAAACGGCUUUCACGGAGACACAUUCAGUAAUGGAUUUGGGGACUUUUGGACAAUGAAGAGAAACGGCGCAGACUCCAGAAAAGAAAACGCCCUUAACGGUGUGGAACACAAAAGGCGCCCAGAGAUGGACUUCUCCGGUUUUCAUGGGGACACAUUUAAAAAUGGAUUUGGAGAUUUCUGGGCCAUGAAGAAAAGGAGGCCGGAAAUGGAUUCCUCCGGAUUUCAUGGGGAUACGUUUAAAAGUGGAUUCGGAGACUUUUGGACUAUGAAGAGGAAGCCAGAAAUGGAUUCUUCUGGAUUUCAUGGCGACACAUUUCGUAAUGGCUUUGGUGAUUUCUGGACAAUGAAAAAGAAAAACCCAAAAAUGGAUUCCUCAGGAUUUCACGGAGAUCUCUUCAACAGCGGCUUCGGAGACUUCUCGACGAUGAAGAAAAGGAAACAGGAAAUGGAUUCUUCGGGUUUUCAUGGAGUCACAUUGAAUAACGAAUUCGGUGACUUUUUGACCAUGAAAAGGGGAUGGCCUGAAAGGGAGUAUUCAGGUCUUCACGACGUUCCUUUCAAUAUUGGAUUUGGAGACAGGUCUGUGAAGAAGCGUAAACCCGAAAUGGAUUCAUCUGGAUUUCAUGGAGACACAUUUAAUGGUGGAUUCGGAGACUUCUGGCCAAUGAAGAAAAGGAAACCUGAGAUGGAUGCUUCGGGUUUUCAUGGAGACGCUUUUAACAAUGGAUUUGGAAACUUUUGGACGAUGAAAAAGAGAAGACCAGAAAUGGAUUCUUCAGGAUUUCACGGUGACACUUUUAACAGCGGGUUCGGGGACUUCUGGCCCAUGAAAAAAAGGAAACCAGAGAUGGAUUCAUCCGGGAUUCAUGGAGAAACUUUUCAUGGGGGAUUUGGCGACUUUUUGACAAUGAAGAAGAGAUCGAAUUUCCGGAAUAAUUCCACUAUAGGACGUAAUGUUCAAACUUGCAGACACUGUAAUGACAAUUCGAUAAACAUGCAGAAUUCUAAGAACCCCUAAGACAUGGAAAGCUAUACAGAAAUGACAAACCCAGUCAUAUUAAAUGUUAUCAGUACAGCAGGCAGACACUAUAUAUAAAUCUUCCAACCUGGUCAUUAUUUACUUUGUCCAUACUCAAUUCAAAAGCAAACAUUUCUAUCGGAAAGUAUUUAAUGGAACACUUGAAAAGUCACAAGUCUCACAGCGGGAAAAUGAAUUUUUCAUGUAAAUUUAAAUUAUAAUUACAAACAUCACACAUUAAUAUCCUUUCCUGUCAUCAGACUUAACUGUCUCUGGUAUGGUAGCAGAGUGGCUAUUGUCGGUUUUAUAGUGCAUAACGCGAUUACAACCGAUGUUUCGUAAAUUUAAAAUGUUUGAUGAAUAAAGCCACCACCACGCAGCUCCACGAUAAUACAUAAUAGAAAACAUAUUAGACCUGAACUUUCGGGAAUGUUAAAAUUUGGAUUGUGGCCUUUUGAAUCACGGUACCUGUAUCACUACACGGCGUUGUAACACAUAAAACCAUAAUCCAACAGAAGUGCGUGACAUAAUAAUCUUCCGUAGUCUUCUUCUAUAAGAAAUUUUAUUGUGUCAGUACAGUUUAUUUUAAGAACGGCCAGAGUCAAGAACGGGCUAUAUCGCUAGUCAUUUAAAACAAAAUCUGCACGUAACUGGAAUAUUAAAGAGUUACGAUCCCUUGCAAUUAAGGCUCAUCAACAAAUGCAAAAAUGUGGUAAGAAUCAGAGAUUAGACUGAAGUCUUUAUGUAUCCAAAUUAUGUAUAGAGUUUGAAGAAAGCGAUUUUAUUUUUCGUUUCAUCUUUAGGCAUCAUGCUUGAUGAUAUAUAAUUGUAAAUGUUUAUUGAUCUAUGAGAGUAAGAUCCAAUCAUUUGUUUCUAUUUUCAACAGUUGACUUUUCACGUGUUCAGCUACAUUUCCUCUCAUGUCCCCUCUAUAGACAUCCCCGUGACUGUAAUAUGGACGUCAUUAUUUAUUUCACGAAAAAAACCAAGACCCCAAUUUUAUGUAAUACGGAUAAAAUUAAUCAGUUAAUGUCAAAUUUGGUCUGUUGACUGACAUUUCAGUGUAAAUGUAUAAAAUAUUCAACAGCGUCUACCAAUAACACUGUAAAGUAAUACUGUAAGAAUUAUGCAUGUUCGCAGAAAUAAGCUCUGAUUUCUGGACAUACAAAACCUGUUUGUUAUAUAUUUCACUGGCUGUUCCUGUAACCCAUUUCAAUAUAUGCCAUAUCCUUUGUAAUGUUUACCUACGUGUUGGAAGUAUUUUAAACUAAAAAUGCAACUAAAAUUAAGAGUUGUGCAUGAUGUCUCAAAGCGAUUAAAUCAUAUUUUAUGUUAUGACUUUUGUGGAACAAACGGAAGUUAUUAUGCUCGGAUUUUGUGUUACUUGUUUGAAAGUCACGAUAAUAAAAUUCCGACUGAUACUUCAAUUAUGUCCACAGAGAUCUUUAUGAUUUGUAUGUGAGAAUCUGAUAUGAUUAAGGAACCCAUUUUGAUCUUUUACUAUUUUGAACGUUGUUUCUAAUUGCUGAUGCUCACUUACACAAACCAAUGCUAUUUUAUGUUGAAACUAUUUUGCGUUUCAAACUUACAUAUUUCAGAUUUGAAGUGAAAACAGAAAAAAGUCAUACAUCAUUUGAAAGUUGUGUCGCAGUAAUAAGGGGCCAAGAUUCUAGCUGCUAGUAACGACUUGAUAUGAUGCAUUAAGUUACUGUAUGCAAGGAUAGAUGUUUUUAAAUUAUGUCUAAAUUAUUUAGAAUGAUCAUGAAUUACUUUGUCUGAUAUAUUCUUUAGAAAAAGUCUUUUGGCGUGACUUUCAUUUCUGGAGUGAAAACAUUUUUUCAAUGGGCUUAGAGUUGCUAGGUUCAUAAGAAAAAGUUAGUCAUAUAUUAGUUAUAACGGCAAUUCAUUAGACUGCAAGUGAUUUCGUGGUAUUUGUAUCAAGAAGAUAAUUUAAACCUCUGUCCAGUUUCUAAAGUAAUUCUGACUAGCGAAACGUAUGCGCGCCUUAUAGUUUUUGAAAGACAAAAUAAAAAUACAAUAAUAAAAGUAUGAGAAAUGUUCUCGAAAUACUGAGGCAGUGUGAACUGCGGUUUGAUAAAUUCAAUUACGUCCAUAUGAUUGUUGGCCAGUCAGAUGGGAUUCAAUUGCCCAAACCUGAAUCGGCCGGUUCCAGGUAAACAUUGUUCUUUGUGAGCAUUAUUAAACAUUUACAAGUAGGCUAAACCAAAUUCUUUUAAGUAUUUAUAUUGCUUUUCAUUUGAUUAUCACUUUAAUUUGUUAAAAUACCAGGCCUUUUCCAAGGAUAUUUAAAGAAUGUUAUUAAAUUAGUUAGAGUACUGUUCUUUUUUUUUCUUCUGUCUAUCAGUACCACGAAAAGUAUAUUUGAAUACAUCAUACCACAAUUGAAGCUGAAGAUAUUUAACACGUUUGUAUACUCUGACGGAUGACUGUCUUGUGAAAAACGAUGAAGAAUACAAACGUAAUUAUGUAUAAAAAAUAAGGUGUUGGAUUUUUGUAUGGAAAUCUGCCUACAUAUUCCAGUUCAUGAAAGAAUGUACACUUCUAAGUCGG